CGAGGUUUCAGCCUUUUCGGCGACACCGGCGUCUUAUUCGAACUCGUGUGAGAAAUGUGCACGAUUUCAACACGGGGACGAUGAGUAUGAAUGAUUGCUGGUAUUUGCAAAUAAUACUUUACAAUAAGGCGUUAAGAAAAUGAAUGCGACCUUUGCCAAUUUGAGGUGGCUGUGAGAUAAAUUGCGAGCUCUUUAAACGAGCUACGCACAUCUUAACUCAAAACUAGGGGAUUCACAAAACCAACAUGACGGCGGUACCGGGUAAAGAAAACCCGGUUGUCUCAAAUACUCAAGAGACACAUCAGUAUGUUGGACCUUAUCGGCUUGAGAAGACUUUGGGGAAAGGCCAGACUGGCUUAGUAAAACUUGGAGUUCACUGUGUACUUGGUAAAAAAGUAGCAAUUAAAAUUAUCAACCGUGAAAAACUGUCUGAGUCCGUGUUGAUGAAAGUGGAACGUGAAAUUGCUAUUAUGAAACUCAUUGACCAUCCUCAUGUGCUUGGACUUUCAGAUGUUUACGAAAAUAAAAAAUAUUUAUACCUUGUCUUAGAACAUGUAUCAGGGGGUGAACUUUUUGAUUAUUUAGUAAAGAAAGCUCGACUCACACCGAAAGAGGCGAGACGAUUUUUUAGACAAAUUAUUUCUGCAUUGGAUUUUUGUCAUAGUCACAACAUUUGUCACAGAGAUUUGAAGCCUGAAAAUUUAUUACUCGACGAAAAGAAUAAUAUUAAAAUAGCGGACUUUGGAAUGGCAUCAUUGCAACCAGCUGGAUCUAUGCUAGAAACAAGUUGCGGGUCUCCUCAUUAUGCAUGUCCGGAAGUGAUUAGAGGUGAAAAAUACGAUGGUCGAAAAGCAGAUGUAUGGUCAUGUGGGGUAAUUUUGUAUGCUCUUCUUGUCGGUGCACUGCCCUUUGAUGAUGAUAAUCUACGACAACUUCUAGAAAAAGUUAAACGAGGAGUAUUUCAUAUACCACAUUUUGUACCACCAGAUUGUCAGAAUCUUCUUCGCGGAAUGAUUGAGGUCAAUCCUGAUAAACGACUGACACUGGCAGAUAUAAACAAACAUAUCUGGGUAACGGCCGCUGGUAAAGGAGAACUUGAAUUGGAACUCUCAAUGAUGGAAGUAGUACAAACACAUGUCAUUCCGUCCGUCGAGUUAAUAGAUCCAGACGUACUUCAAGCUAUCGCAAGUCUAGGGUGUUUUAAAGAACGUGAUAAACUUAUUCAAGAAUUGCUGAGUCCUAACCAUAAUACUGAAAAAGUUAUCUAUUUCCUCUUACUGGAAAGAAAAAGAAGAAGGCCAGCCUGUGAAGAUGAGUUAGAAGGUAUAAGAAUAGGACUAAGAGGCUCUUCAGGACAAUUAGAAGCGGAUCCACCUAGAAAACGAGUUGAUACUUGUCGAGUCAAUGGAAAUACUGCAUUAAAUUUAGGACAAAUCAGUCAUGGAUCACCUUUAACGCCUCGAAGACAAUCCAGCGCACGACAUCAUACCCGACGUUCGCCAAGUACUGGAUCGCAUACGCACAUGUCACAUUCUCAUACCUCAACGCCAGGAAGUUCACCCAUGCAUAGUCCCAACGUUGCAGGUCUCCUCAGUCCACAUAGAGCAGUACCCAGUUCACAUCAUGGGCAAAAUCCAAGUCCACAUCGGUUAUCUAUUACUGGUGGAUCAGCCAGUGGGAAUGGUACAAUGUCUAGCACUACUACAACUACAGCAACUACGACUGUCUCAACGACUCCGGCUACUAAUCAACCAUUUUCAAGUGUUGCUAUUGAAUUAAAUGAGAUUCAAUCAAUUGGUAUAACACCCCCAGGUUCACCACAUACAGGAACUGGAACUGGAGCACAUCACUGGAGAUCUCGUUUAAAUACAAUUAAAAAUUCGUUUCUGGGUAGUCCACGCUUUCAUCGACGCAAACUGCUGACAAGCACCGAAGAGGUUCAUCUUACACCGGAUUCUUCACCUGAACUUACAAAAAAGUCUUGGUUUGGCAGUCUUAUGGCUACUGAAAAAGAUGAAACAUUUACAGUUCUUGUAAAAGGGAAACCUUUAGCAAGCGUCAAAGCUGAUCUUAUUCAUGCUUUUUUAUCAAUAGCUGAGCUAUCACAUAAUGUUAGCUCGCCAAUGUCUUUUAAAGUGGAAUACAAACGCAGUAGCACUGCACCUGCAAUGUUUCAACGACAAGUUAGAUUUCAAGUUGACAUAAGUGCAAUAUCUAAACAACCCAAUGAACCUUUGUUUGCUAUCACAUUUACGUUAUUGAGCGGAAAUAUACGACGAUUUCGAAGGGUUUGCGAGCAUAUACAAUCUCAAGUAUGCUCCAGGAAUAUUGGAAUAGCUCUUGGUGCUCAAAGCCGAGCGGCACCACCAAGUCCUAGGGCAUCUCGUAAAUUUACUACAGAGAUGAGUGAAAGUUCAAGCUGUGGAAGUGACACGAGUGAAAGACUUUUCCUCAGCCCUCAUCCUGCUACCAGACAGGUCGACUCCGAUCUUGAAUCUGAAACUUCGGCAUUCGAUGGCAAAUCCCCAACUCACGAGAAUGGUCGAAAAAGCUCUACAUCAACAAAUAAUAAUAAUCCAAUUACUGGUGAUGUAACACCAACGCCUGGAAGCCCAUCUAAAACCGUGAGAAGCAAUUCCGAAAGUCAAAAUACUCCAGAAAAAAAAUGUGUCACAACAAUGAGUGGCAACAACAUAGCGUGAUACUAUCAGAAUUUUCGUAUGGAAUUACGAACUAGCUUCGCUAGUCUGUGGAACAGUAUACAGUGAAUUUAAAGCAAUGUCGGUGUUUAAAUAACGGUAUUUCUCUGCUUAAAUAAGUUUAAUGAAUUUAGUUAUUUUAAAAAAGAAUGAUUUUAUAUCGAUAUAAAUAUAUAUACCCUAGUAGCGUUCUUAAACAAAUCUUACGUAAAUCUGUACCUUCAGUCUU